AUGGGUCACGAUCUCGAGAAGACCCUUUCGACGCGUUCCAAUGUGUCUCAACUCUCAAGACAUACACAAGAUUAUGAUCUAUAUGUGGCCAAGUCCGACCCCGGUGCUGCCCUUAAUGAACAGGAUGGACAUCAAUUAAGAAGAGCCUUAGAUGCUAGACAUGUUACUAUGAUUGCCAUUGGUGGUGCUUUGGGUACUGGUUUGUUAAUUGGUACUGGUUCUGCAUUGAGAGUUGCUGGUCCUGGUGCUAUCUUGAUUGCUUAUGCACUUAUCGGGUUCACAGUGUUUAUGGUUAUGUCUGCAUUAGGUGAAGUUGCUACCUUUAUUCCAUUGAAUGGGUUCGGUAACUAUUGUCAGCGUUACGUUGAUGACGCCUUGGGAUAUGCUUGUGGUUACGUUUACUUGUUUAAAUAUUUGAUUUUACCAGCCAAUCAAAUGGUUGCUGGUUCCCUUACUGUUCAAUACUGGGUGUCGAAGGAAAAGAUGAACCCUGGGAUUUGGAUCACCAUUUUUUUGGCCAUUAUCACUACUGUCAACAUGUUGGGUGUCAGAUUCUUUGGUGAAAUUGAGUUCUGGUUGUCCACAUUGAAAGUCCUUACUUGUCUUGGUUUGAUCUUAUUGAUGUGGAUAAUUGCUCUUGGUGGUGGUCCAACUCACGAUAGAAUUGGGUUCAGAUACUGGAAAGAUCCAGGUGCUUUCUUGGAAUACACAGACUCAAAAAAGCAUUUGCAUAUCAGCGGUUCCUUGGGGAGAUUUGUUUCAUUUGUUUCUGUGUUGGUAACAGCUGUUUUCGCUUAUUUGGGUUCCGAAUUGUGUGCUAUUACCUUCACUGAAUGUGCUAGACCAAGAAAAGCAAUUCCAAAGGCUAUUAAAAUGACUUUCUACCGUAUCUUGGUGUUUUACGUUUUGGCUAUCUUCUUCCUUGGUAUGUGUGUUUCUCCAAGGGAUCCAUUAUUGUUGGAUGCUUCCGGUAGCACUGCUUCUGCUUCCCCUUUCGUUAUUGCUAUUAAGAAUGCAAAGAUCCACGGGUUGGACCAUGUGAUUAAUGCUUGUAUCUUGUUAUUUGUCUUAUCUGCUGCUAACUCCGAUAUGUACAUUGCUUCAAGAACCAUUUAUGGGUUGUCAGUUGCUGGUUAUGCUCCUGCCUUUUUCACUAAAACCAACAAGUUGGGUGUUCCAUACUAUGGUAUUGCCUUGUCCUUCUUGUUCUCCCUUUUGGCUUACAUGACUGUUUCGUCAUCAUCUUCUCAAAUUUUUAGCUACUUUGUUAAUGUGGUUUCCUUAACUGGUUUACUUGCUUGGACUUGUAUCUUGAUUAUUCAUCUCAGAUUUAUGAGUGCUUUGAAAGCUCAAGGUAUCCCAAGGUCUUCCUUGGCCUACAAGUCUCCUUUUCAACCUUAUGGUACUUAUGUUGCCUUGACCAUUUGUGUUCUUGUCAUUUUCCUUAAGAACUUUACUGUUUUCCUCGGUCAUCCAUUCCUUUACAAAUCAUUUAUCACUGGUUACAUUGUUCUUCCAGUCUUCCUUUUGAUGUUUGCUGGCUGGAAGAUCUACAAGAAAACCCACUGGCUUAAAUCCUCGGAAUGUGACUUGGACACCUAUAGAGACGUCAUUGAUGCCGAAGAAGAAGAAUUUGCUGCUGAAGAAGCUGAAAGAAAAGCUCGCAGAGCCGCUGAAGGUAUUAGAUAUGAUAAGGAAUGGUUCUAUGAAAAAUUCCUUGGUUGGCUAUUCUAA